GGUUUAGCCACAAAUAAACAUCGUAUAGUGUUUAUAGAACUGGGAAUAAUACACUGAUAUCGGCUGUUAUCUGACAGAGCUCAGGAUUUAACGCUGAACCACCUGGAUAGUGUUUUUCUAACAAAUAUAACAGGAACAGACGUGUAUCGUCGCUUAUUACUUGGUUCAGUGUUACACUGAAUAUUAAACAGGUUUAUUCUGGGUUCUGGCGGGAUAGAUAACCUAGUUAGCUAGCUAGAUUAACUGUAUUAAUUAGCCACUUGUUUUUGGCGGUUAACAACGUAAAUUUAGUAUGUAUUUAGCGUUUAAACUGUUUUUACGAAGUGGAUUUUUCGUUCACAAUUAUUAACAGCAACUGUCAGAGUGUGUAAUGGGCAUUACAUGCUUGCACUCCAGGCGAGGAAGAAGAGGACCAAGCCAAAGAAGCCUGGGAAAAAGCCAGAGCCCCACCCACGGGGAGCCGCACAGCCAACCGACUCCGCUCUGCAGGAGCAAGACGAGGAGAUCCUCGGGUCUGAUGAUGAAGAGCAAGAGGACCCCAACGACUACUGCAAGGGUGGUUAUCACCAUGUGAAGAUUGGUGACCUGUUUAACGGCCGAUACCAUGUGAUUCGCAAACUGGGCUGGGGUCAUUUCUCCACUGUGUGGCUGGCAUGGGACAUCCAAGGAAAGCGCUUUGUUGCAAUGAAGGUGGUGAAGAGUGCAGAGCACUACACUGAAACGGCACUGGACGAGAUCAAGCUGCUGCGUGCGGUGCGAAACUCUGAUCCUAAUGACCCCAGCAGAGAGAAGGUGGUGCAGUUGCUGGACGACUUCAAGAUAUCAGGCGUCAACGGCACUCAUGUGUGCAUGGUGUUCGAGGUGCUCGGACAUCACCUCCUCAAGUGGAUCAUCAAGUCUAACUACCAGGGUUUGCCCUCGCCCUGUGUCAAAAGCAUCAUUCGGCAGGUUUUGCAGGGGCUGGAUUACCUCCACACCAAGUGUAAAAUCAUCCACACCGACAUAAAGCCAGAAAAUAUCUUAAUGAACGUCAAUGACUCAUACAUCAGGAGACUGGCGGCCGAGGCCACAGAGUGGCAGAGGUCUGGAGCUGCUCCUCCCUCCGGCUCUGCAGUAAGCACAGCUCCAGCCCCCAAACAGACGGCAAAGAUGUCAAAGAACAAGAAGAAAAGAAUGAAGAAGAAGCAGAAGCGGCAGGCCGAGCUGCUGGAGAAGCGCAUCCUGGACAUCGAGGGACUGGAGAAAGGAAAUGAAGGGGUUGAGGAUGAGGAGGACGAAGACGCCGAAACCCCUGACAGCACUCCAUCAGUACCCAACAGUCACACUCUGCAGGAAAUUGCAGCAGAGGCCACUCUGGAUUGUGUUCCAGACAGCUGGUCUCAGCAUAGAGACUGCGCUGCGAACGAGAACUGUAACGGUCACAGUCGAGGCCCAGAAGACGCAGAGGCCACAGACCUUCAGCAGGACGCAAAGGACGACACCCCAGUCAAUCCUUACGACAGCGGCACAGAGGGCUCCGACUCGCAGCCUGUUAACCCUUACCCAGCAUGCAACGGGACGGCGCCGAGCGAGCCCAGCCACCCAUCCCCCGUCGCUGAGGGUAAUGGACCUUUGCUUUGUGGCAUUGUUGAGUCGCAGGGCCCUAGGGUACAGCAGACACAGGAGAGCGGAGAGCAAGAGGUCAAACUUAACGGCUCUGGGUGUGUAAAUGGUCAGGAAUGCCCCACCACGCAGGAGGCGCCCGGAAAGGACACGCCCCCUACAUCGGAGGUGGACCCCAGCUUGCCGGCAGGCACAGAGACACUGGAGAGUUUGAAGGACGCUAAGCUGGCAGCAGGGAACCUGCUCAUCAAUCCAUUGGAACCACUAAAUGCUGACCAGAUCCAGGUCAAAAUCGCAGACCUGGGUAAUGCCUGCUGGGUGCACAAACACUUCACAGAUGAUAUUCAAACACGGCAGUACCGAUCUCUGGAGGUGCUGAUUGGAGCAGGUUAUGGCACACCUGCUGAUAUCUGGAGCACAGCAUGCAUGGCGUUCGAGUUGGCGACGGGGGAUUACCUGUUCGAACCACAUUCUGGAGAGGAUUACUCCAGGGACGAAGAUCACAUCGCACUGAUCAUUGAGCUGUUGGGGAAAGUCCCUCGUAAACUCAUUACGAACGGCAAAUAUUCUAAAGAGUUCUUCACUAAGAAAGGUGAGCUGAGGCACAUCACCAAGCUGAAGCCGUGGGGGCUGCUGGACGUGCUGGUGGAGAAAUACGAGUGGCAGCGGGAGGAAGCUCAGAGCUUCGCCAGUUUUCUCCUGCCCAUGCUGGACCUGAUCCCAGAGAAAAGAGCCACCGCUGCCGAGUGCCUCCGCCACGCCUGGAUCACCUCCUAGUGGCUGAAAGCCUCUAACACACACACACACACACACUCUUACACACUCUCCUUAAGGAUGUGAAAGCACUGUUUAAUGCUCUCUCAUAGGUACUAACAGUCUUACAGGUUUUUGAAAUGUAAGGAGGUCCAGGAAAGCAGGUCUAACAUCUAUUUAUUUCUUUCAUUUUUUAUAAUAACUUGGGUAACCUGCCUUUUUGAUCGAUUUGUGCUCUUUCUUUCUUCUUGAUGCGCCAACUGUAAGUGUACAGCCAGAGGUUUGGCAGUAUGUGAAAGCCAUAUAGCCAUUUAAAGAGAGAUUCCAGCAUUUUCUGUGACUCGUGUAUCUCAUGCAUUGCCAUUGUCGAGCUAAAACCUUGCAUCUUCAAAAUUCCACUUUUACAGUAAAACAAAAAAUCAUUGUAGACUUUCAAUGUAAGUCAUAAUAAUCAGCAUUUUUUAUUGGCCUGUUUUCCAUUCAACUUGAGACAAUAACUGCCAGAUGUACACCUAUGUAAAAAGGUUAAAAAUGGAGAUACAAGGUUUUUGUUUGACAAUCUGACGAAAACAGAACAGAAAUAACAAAACAGUCUUAUAAGUGAAGCUAGGGAAAAGCUGCUUCCUUACUUUUGGUUUCUACACUGAUUAGCCAUAACAUUAAUACAUAACAUUUAUUUCUACACUCUGUCCAUUUGAUCAGCUCCACUGAUUAUACAUAUACAGCUCUGGAAAAGAAAUAAGAGACCACUUCAGUUUCUGAAUCAGUGUCUCUGAUUUUGCUAUUUAAAGGAAAAUGAACAUUGUUGUUUUAUACUAUAAAUUACGAACAACAUUUCUCCCAAAUUCCCCCAAAAAAUAUUGUCAUUUUCAGAAUUUAUUUGCAGAAAAUGAGAAAUGGUUGAAAAAAACAAAAAAGAUGCAGAGCUUUCAAACCUCAAAUAAUGAGAGUUCAGAAAUCAAUAUUUGGUGGAAUAAGCCUGGUUUUAAUCAGAGUUUUCAUGCAUCUUGGCAUGUUCUCCUCCACCAGUCUUACACACUGCUUUUGGAUAACUUUAAGCCACUGCUGGUGCAAAAAUUCAAGCAGGUCAGCUUGGUUUGAUGGCUUGUAAUCAUCCAUCUUCCUCUUGAUUAUGUUCCAUAGAUUUUCAAUUUUGUAAAAUCAAAGAAACUCAUAAUUUUUAAGUGGUCUCUUAUUAUUCAUUAUUUGGAUCCAUUUAUUCUCAGCACUGCAGUGACUGCUGAUGGUGGUGUGUUAGUAGUGCAUGUUGUGCUGGUGUGAGUGAAUCAGAUUUAGCAGUGCUGCUGGAGUUUUUAAACACUGUGUUCAAUCACUCACGUGUCCUCCACUCUAUUGCACACUCCUACCUACAGCUGCUCCACUUUGUAGAUAAAGCAAAGUCAGACACAGAAGUUCUGAAUCUGUUGCUGCACAGUUCACAGUGUUGCUCAUCCUCUAGCUCUUUAUCGGUGGAACACUGCCCAGGGAACACUGCCCACAGGGCGCUGUUGGCUGGAUGUUUCUGAUUGGUGGACGAUUCUUAGUCUAGAAAUUACACUAAGCUGUUUAAAAACUCCAGCAGCAAUGCUGUGUCUGAUCCACAGAUGCUGGCACAACACAUGCUAUAAACACACAUUGUCACUGCAGUGCUGAGAAUUACACACCUUCCCCACCCAAAUACUUAAUAGCUGCUCUGUGGUGGUCUCUUCUGUGGGGUCCUGACCAUUGAAGAACUGAAGGGUGAAAGGAUGAUAAUGUAUAACAAGUAUGCAGAGAAACAGAUACAUGACAUGACUACAGUCUGUAAUUAUAGAACUACAAAGUGGAGCUGAUACAGUUAAUGGACAGUGAACAUAACAACAAUCAAGGAGGUGGUAUUAAUGUUGUGGCUGAUUACGAAAAAUGAAAAAUGCUGGUGUACUCCACCCUCUUUUUUUGGUUCUUCUGCAUUAUAACUGCUCAUAUCAUGAGCAGACAGGGUCAACUGAAUGUGCAGUACUGAAGAAUGCAGGAACCUUGCGCUGUUUUUCUAGGAAUGUCAAUCCUGACCUCCUUAACUCAAAGUUUUCUAUCUUGUCUAAGGCAGGUUGUAUCCAAAAUAUGAAUGAUAUAGAGCAACAGUGACUGCCCUGGCCAUGAUUGGAUGUUUCUAUGAGCUGAGAGGAUGUGAACUGUUCACUUAUUGGACUCCUGGAAGUACUGCUGCUUAGCACAGGAAAAUAUCUUUGUUUUAAAGGGUUACAUUUUUUUAUACCUGAACGUUUGAACCAGAGUCAGAACCGAGGUUCUUGUGUUUGUGUUAAAUUGUAUACAGUACAUUUGAUCCUCAAUUCAAAUGACUAGAAACAUUGUUCAGCUGAGCUGGAUUAAAACAAGAAGGUGCUUUACACCUACCCUGUUUGGUCUGGACCAAAAUAGCAGCUUUUUUGAACCACCUUUUGAUCUUUACAUUUGGUCCAACAUAAGAAAGUUGUUUUGGUCCAGAUCAAACAAACCAUGGUUUGGUUUAUUUGGAAGUUUCUCACCUUUGUCUUAAUUACAUGAAGUUUAGGCAGGCUAUCGUCACUCGUUAAACAAUAGAAGAAGAAAAAGAACAGUUUUUUUUGCCGAAAUCUGACCCCCUUCUGGCGUGCAGACAUGUCACAGAAGUAUGGGUACAACAGAUUACGCUGGUGACUAUUGUAUCUACUGUAACUGUAGAUUAACCCUUAUUUAAAAAUAGAAAUAAAAAUCUGUUAUACACAUUCUACUGCAUAAUGCACCACCAGUUGGAAAGAAGCUGGAUUUUGGCAGAACACCUGGGAACCCGGAACAACUUUCCAAACACCCUUCUAGAAGCCAAUUCAACGCAAAGACUCCUGAGAUUCUUCUUAUAUAGGUAAUGAUGACAGGAAUUCGCGAAAUUCUUUCACUCAGCUGCUAAACUGCAGUGUGAAACCAAAUGUAUCGUAAACAGUGUAACACAACCAUAGACCUUGGUUCAGACUUUCAGGUGUAAAAAUGUCCUAAAACAUAUUGAAGGUCAUAUCAAAA